CUCUCCCUAGUGAGUGGGUGUGUGACUGAGGCCUCCUCUGUACCCAGCGGCUCUUGCUUGUGCCCAGGUGACAGUUUUCCUCAGCCAACGCUUCCGCGUUUGAUAAAAAACUGCGAAAUUUUUAUUGAUCAUCACACAAUGACUAUAAAAUUUAUGGCUAGCUUUUCUGCUUGAGUUUCUUCGAACGAAUGGACCAAAACUGUUUUUUGAGCUGCAAUGCUUCUUACCUACAAUCUUUAUAGAGUAGGCACCAUGUCGUCUCUGACGCGAGGCGGGGCUUGCUGUUGUAUUAGGUACUCUUAUGACAGUCUUUCUUAGCUCAACUUAAACAGCACUUCUCAGAUGAAAGCCAUGGUAGCCGUUCGCUUCUUCGUUGCCUUCCAGUUGAUGGUAGGAUGCGGGUGUUCAGAAGAGGCCACUGGGCCAGAGUCUCGUCCCCCGCCUCCGACCUUCUACGGCUCACGCACGCUGCCCGGUCUGUUCCCACAGCGCACCUCGCACAUCGGCCCGCUCCCUCACCUCAACUCCGUGCUAACUGAGUGGUCACGUUGGGGCGAAUGGACCAAAUGUUCCAGGUCUUGCGGCACCGGAGUUCGUUCGCGCACACGGCACUGCAUCGCGGCCGCCCCGCGCGUGAUGCCAGGUUCAGGAAUACGCACGAGCCACGACCAAUGCGUAGGCCCCAACACGCAGUACGACGCCUGCAGCAGCCAACCCUGCGCUGGAGGCUCAGACCUCAUGUCCGGAGCAUCGUUCCGAGCUGUACAGUGCAGACUUUAUAACAAUAGGAAAGUCUUCGGUAAACUCGUCACGCGCUGGCUGCCCUACACGCAAGGAGCCACGAAUUCCUGUGCGCUGGUGUGCGAGGGUGAGGGCGCUGGGAUCGUCUAUACCUUCGGCAAAGUCAGGGACGGAACGCAAUGCUCGGCCGACCGCGGCCUCGUCGGCAUCUGCGUCAACGGUCGCUGCUUACGAAUGUCAUGCGACGGACAACUUGGAGGCACUGCAUUAGAAGACCAGUGUCGCGUGUGUGGAGGAAACAACACGACGUGUACCCUGCAUAAGGGCAUCUUCCACUCCCCUGUCACGGACCCUCAAGACGAGCCUUACAACGAAGCAAAGAAAUCUCAAAUUUACGCCUUAGAUGAGGCCAAAAAUUUGAAAUAUCAUUCAGCGCACGGAGCUGAGGAGCCGGCAUGGCAUGGCUACGGCAGUUUCAGGAGGGAUCAGUUCGUAGCUGAUCAGCCCACUAUUGCUGAUGAGGAGAAGCAACAAAAAGGAACCAUUGGAUAUUAUGAAGUGACUCUCAUACCUAAAGGCUCUACAAACAUCAAAGUCUCCGAUCAUUCACAUAACUUCUUAGCUCUGCGCGAGGGCAAUAAAUUUCUUCUCAACGGCGACUGGCUCAUAGACUGGCCCGGGGAGGUCGAGGCUGGUGGGGUCAUGUUUUCCUACAGCAGAGCUGAAAACGACUCAGAGCAGCUUACGGCUCUGGGACCAACAAAGUCAAAUCUGUCAUUAAUGAUCUUGCUGAGAGAAGAAAACCCAGGAGUUUAUUACGAAUAUUGGACGCCUAACAGCAACUCGAACGGUCUGCCUUCAAUUCAUUUCAAGAAGACUUCGAAACCGAGUACCAAUUGGAAACCCGACAGAAAGGAAUGGCCUUCGAUCAAAUUUCACGGUACAAAUUUUGAUCACCAGCUUGCUUUUGAGAAAUCAAAAACUUCAGAAGCGACGUCGUUGUCAGGAUUUAAUUUCACGAACGAUUCGGUCGAGCUGCGUCUCAGAUCAGGCAGAAAAACGGACGCUGUACUCCACAAGGCUCUUCGACAUUCCGCGAGAAAUCUUUCUAAAAGACGUCAUCAAAACUUAGAACUCUCACGUUUGAAUUCUUUAGAGCAGAGACGCAUCCGAUGGACUAAAAGCCACGCUAAUCCCAGAAAUAAAAUUAUUUCCGAAGAUACACAGUUGUCCAGACAAAUGUUUGAUGAGCCUAUCAGGUUCGGUUUUCAAGACGACAAUCCUGCUCAUUUUUCAGCAAGGCUAAACACCAAUGUUCCCUCCUCAAUUUCUAAAAAUUCACCGAGAAAUCGAGAAAAACAUUUCCGUUUCACUGACGCCGUUCCUCUUCAAGAGGACGAAAAGAGGCUCAGCAGACGCCGAGAUCAUCCCAUUGCUAGUCGGCACAGCUCCAGCAAUCGAGUUCAAGCGAAUAAUGCAUUUACAAACUCAAAAAUAUCUGCAAAAAAUUCUCCAGCUCCAAGCAAGUGGAGCCCUAAUAAAAAAACUCACAGGAGGCGGAAAAUUCGAAGAACGAAGAAAAAACGCCGACAAAAGAACCCAGCGCUUGUUUGUCCCAAGUGCUCCAGAGUUCGUGAGGUGAAGAAGCACUUCUGCACCAGUGACUUCGUUUCUCGAGUUCAGGUUGUGAGUUUUGACGCCGCUCCAAAAGAGAAAAACAAUACCACGAGCAAAGGCCGCUAUGAGGUCACCAUCCUCCAGUCGUUCAAAAAUACGGUGCCGCUGCUGCACAAAGAGUUCAUCUACGUUGAGAACUUCAACUGCGCCUGUCCGAAACUGCAGUCGGGAAAAAUCUACCUCAUCAUGGGAAAGACUUACCCUUCAGGUAAUGGAAGGGAGGUUCAGCUUGGUCUAGACAGGUCCAGUUACACGAGACAAUUUACAACUCGAGUCUUGGGACGAGUCCUGAAAAUAAGAAGCGAUGAAAUGAAAUAUUGUAAGAAAUGGAGAAAAACACUUCCAAAACCAAUUAAAAGACCAAUAUACGACAACGCGUCAUUAGACAUUGAUAUAGCAAACCUGCCAAUGUUUGCAGAACUCGCUACAAAUGCUCUUGAUACAGACAUCGAGACAUUACCUGAAGAAGUUCAGAUAAGUCCAAUCAGGAGCGAAGAAGGGACUACCCAUGCUCUCUUAAAUAUAAAUUCUGAACCCCGACUCCGGCCUGAGAUAAACGCAUUUUCUCUUAUUGAAAAAUCCCCAAAUGUGCUUGAUAGACGCAAAACGAUCAUUGGGAUCCUUGAUAACUCUUUAGAUCCAAAUAACUUGGGAGGGAUUAAGCGUAAGUGGCAUUACAAUUUCCGUCACUGAAAGUUUCUGCAAGGAAACGAAAAAUCUAAUUAUUUUCGAAACAUAUCAUUGCGUAGAUAACUUAUAACAGCCCUUGAAUUUUUGUCACACGAUUUUUAAUCAAUUUCGUUCCCCUGAACUCAUUUGUCUAAUUUUUCUUCUUAUUUUUAUAUUGUGGUGCUGUUUACUUUGCAGUACAAAUUUCUAUAUUGUCCGUACUACUGAGUUCCCAUGCAUGCUCUUUAAUUAAUUAUACAUAUGAUGUUAGUGAAACUUGCAAUUUCAUUGGAUUUGUAGACGACUGACAAGCAACUUGGCCUACUAAUUAUCCCACAUUAAAAAAUCUCCUAAAUUGUGCACGCUCACUUUUUUGAUUGCCAUUUAGUUUAUGACUGAAUUCGAUGAAUUCGCUUAAGAAUAAUAUGAGCUGGUUGAUUUUCAGAAUAAAAAAUGAUUACUGAAGUUGUGACUUAGAAUUUAUAUUAUUAUCAAUACUGUAUAUUUCAACGGAUGACUCCUACUAGUUUAUAAAGUGAUUCAAUCUUCAAUUUUAGUAAAUUGUCGAUCGAUUCACUUCAGUAAUUGUAUAUUCAGCCCUAAUAAAAAUCCAUAAUAUGUACAAUUUAUGUAAAACCUUCUUCUAGAAGAAUGUUUAUACCCAGUAAGCAACUUUGCAUUAACUCGCUAAAGUCAGAAAGAAAACGUUUCUCAAAUAAAUUAUUUUUAGAGACAUUGAAAUUUAAUCUGCGAUGAGUUGAAAUUUUAAUAAUUCUAUUAUUUUUGUGUCCAUUUUACACCUUAUGUUGAUCAUUUGGACCUCCAUUUAUUUCUAUGCUCAUCGACUGCAUAUCGCUGCGAUAUGUUGAAAAUCAUUAUGGUCGCAGUUAAUUCUAUUGUAAUGUGGACUUCAUUCGUCAUAGGCUUCAUUCAGCGUGAAGGAAAUUCAUGUCUAAUAAUUAGUGAAUAGUUUCUCAUUGACAUUUUCCAGUGCAUGUAAAAUAGCUUAUUUAAGCCUUAAUUAAUUUAAUAUGUAUAUAAAAAUUUCUGUCUUUGGAAACAUGUCAAAAGUGCCGCUUAUCAAUUGUAAAUUAUCGAAAUAUAAAUUCUCAAUAAAUAUUAA